AUGUCGUCUCCGAGGUUGUUCGUUGCGCCGAUCACCACCCUACUCGUUGCACUGCUGGCAGGGCACGGAGCGAGGGGCGUGGAGCUAGCGAUCGGCUCAGCUAGUGCGGCAGUGGCGCUGGAAUUUCGAUCAUUCACUGCAGAUUGGUGGCGGCACAACGAUCCACGUAAUGGAGAUCGCUGGCAAUGGGCUGGUAUGAUGACACUGGAUGUGAAGAACACGACACUGCGAAACCUUGCCAAAGGUCUGGUGCCCGCUAUUUGGCGUAUUGGGGGCUCGCCAGAGGAUGAUGUUGUGUACGUUGUCGGGAACCCGCCUGAGUGCAACAGCUCGGAAGUCAUCAACAAAUCCGUCAACUACCCUGGGCCCAUCUGUCUGACGAUGGAGCGGUGGGCCGAGAUCCUGGAUUUCGUCAACUACACCGGUCUGAGGCUGGCGUUCGGCCUGAACGGUCUGUACCAGCGACAUAAAGCCGACCAGCACUUUAACUCGACGAAUGCACGGGAGUUCCUGCGCUACACGGCGCAGAACUUCCCGAACUCGGUGUACGCCUUCGAGCUGUCCAACGAGGACAACCACGGCCAGGCGGAUCCGGACAAGCUUGCGGAAGACUUCGGCACGGUUCGCGGCUUCAUCAACGAGUUUUGGCCGGACGCCGGCAACCGGCCGCUACUAUUCGGUCCGGACGUAGGCCAGCAUCUGAAAUCGUCGGAAGACACCUGGCUGGCCUCGUACAUCAAAAUAGCCGGUUCGUAUCUGAACAGGAGCACUGUCCAUACGUACUGCAACACAUACGUUGGUGAUCUCUGCGAACACGGUAGCGUCAGGCAGCCCGAGCUGGACAACUGCACCGUGCCGGAGCUGUCGUUCAAAGGCAUCGUCAACACAAACUACCCGGGCCUGCCAGUCAUGGCGGGAGAGGUCGGUCCGCACAGUCACGGAGGCCUGGACGGCUGCACAAACACGUUUGCCAACGCAUUCUGGUACCUGGAGGUGCUCGGCUCGUUGGCGCAGAACGGCGUGGUGACGUUUGCGCGGUCGACGAUGAUCGGCGGCUGGUACGAGAUGAUCAACAAGACGUCGUUCGAGCCAAAUCCGGACUACUUUCUGGCGCUGUUCUGGGGCCGCCUGAUGGGACGUGUUCACCUGAAGACGAGCGUCGACGCGAGCACCACGGUGCGAGGGUUUGCCAGCUGCAGAGCGCUGGGCGGUGCUGCAAGCAAUGCCGGUGCAGGCGCAGGUAUCACAGUAGCUCUGUACAACAGCGGCAACACGACAACGGAAACCGUGACGCUGAGCGGACUGAAGUUCGACGGCUCGGGGGCCGCUGUGAGCAGCGUCGAAACGCAUGUGCGCACAUCUGGAUCCUCUCAGUUCAGCUGGUACGCGGAGAUGCUUCAGUCGUCGGGCGACUGGGCGAAGCUAGCCGUGGGCUCCGAUGGUACGCCGGGAGAGUAUCCCGGUGUCACCACGAGCAAGUCGGCGAGCAAGAUCACCGUGGACCUGCAGCCCAUGUCGUACGCGUUCGUUCACUUUCCCACUGCUGUGUGCCCUCCGGCGCCUCACCACCGACUCGGCUCAUCCAAGCAUGCACAUCGGCGUUCACGGCACCGCCGACUCGGCUCAUCCAAGCAUGCACAUCGGCGUUCACGGCACCGCCGACUCGGCUCAUCCAAGCAUGCACAUUGGCGUUCACGGCGCCCUGUUCGCGUACACAAGCGCAAAAACACUCGGCCACGAGAGCAGUGGGACUUCUGA